CAACAAACCAAUUACAUUUGAUAGUUUUAAUACUCGAGUACACCACCAAACAAACAGCGACAACAUCAAUAAGUGUUCCUGAUUCUCGAUUCAUUAAAAGGCGGAACAUCAUCUUUCAAACGAUCAAGAUUCUAAAGCCUUCAAUUAAUUAAGACUUGGACAGCUAAGGCUGAUUUGGAUUUCUACUAAACCUCUACUAAAAUCCUUAGCUUCGGGUUCGGCAGCAUGGGUGAGCUUCGAGGCCGCUGUUCCUGCGGUCGCAACAAAUAUACAAUUCAAAUCCCACAAAAUGCAGGUGAUGGCGCACAAGUCUUUUUCGAUAGUAGUAAUGUACAUCGUAUGUCAAUUGAGAAAUAUUCUGAAUAUCCUCAUUUUUACAUGUUCGCAAAAGGCAUCGCUAAUAACAUACAUAAACAGGAAGAUCACAAGCAGCCCCUCUCUCCGCAUGGAUCCGCGUACCCUUAGCAUGGUACCACUCGACGACGUACGCUUUUUUCGACGAUGAAUCGCACAACAUAAUUCGACGUUCCUAUACAUCUCCUUCCGAACAGCAUGCAAAGCGUCAGUUCUGUGGUUUUUGCGGCACUCCUCUAUCAUAUUGGACGGAAGAACCGCCCGCUCACGCAGAUUAUAUUUCAUUGACCUUGGGUUCAUUGGCCUCAUCAGAUCUGCGAGACCUCGAAGAAUUAGGCUUGCUUCCCAAAGAAGCUUUCGAAGAUGCACAGAAUGAUAAACAAAUUAUCGAAUCAGUUAUACCACAUGCCGAGAACAAUAAUGGAGGAGAAGAAGGUAUACCAUGGUUUGAGACAAUGGUUGAGGGGAGUCGAUUGGGCAAAAUGAGAACUAGAAGAGGUAGAAGAACUGCCAGUGAUGGUCGAAUCAAAGUGGAAUGGGAGAUUGUAGAGUGGACUGGCGAAGAUGAUGAUGGGCAGAUACUAGCUAACCCUACCACCGGGAAGAGAAAGUUAGAUUCUGCGGAUACAGGCGAAGAUACAAGCAUGGAAGGGCUACAAUAAAUAGGAUGCAAUAACCUGCGAGGUCGAAACCUUGGGAGGUAGAGUGAUGCAUCAUGAUAGCAUGGUUGUGGGUUUUAUAGUUGACUUCCGUCAAGAACGCUGCUUAUGGACAUAUGAAUUCGGGAUCGUCACACAAUACGAGAGCUUUGCAAGAGUACAACAAGGUCGUCAAAUUUCACAAUCGUUUUGCAAAAUUCAUCUUAUCAACAUCAAAUACUCAUGUUUUACGGAUCAGGGACUUCGGAGCUAGGUUAACUAAUCAGGGAGUGGGGUUUGCUAACAUCCAUCCAUCUAUUGAACACUCGUAUGUAAGACUACAAUAUGUACCAAGCAAUGCAAAUAGGUUUUCACAUUCAAUAAACCGCUAUCCACUUAGGACCCAAAGUAAUCAUUUAGAUCUAUGUA